CGGCAGUGUAUUGUUGGGGUGGAGAAUGGUUCUCACUCCUCUGUCGUGGCUUCCUGUACAACAAAGCUUUUUCCAGUUCAUAAACCCCAAGCAUACACGCACGGCCAGACUCUCAAGGAGUCAUACUAAGUUACUGCGUAUUCCUGUGCAGAAAUCCGCAAUGCACUCUCGCACGUCCAAAACCCUUACUGCUCUCUUGCUUACCACAGUGCUACUCGUAGUAGUUGCUACGAAUGCCGCACCUGGUCAGGUGCGCCCCAUUGCUCCCUCCAUACCGUGGAGUGCUUAUGGCGAACAUCAUUUGAUCCUUAAGUGUGCAGGCUGUGGCUUGCCGAAUGGUGGAUUGAAACGUACGGCGUCCAGCUCCAUCCAUUCUUUGUCGAAUCCGCCUCCGCCUUCGAUAACGACAACUACCUCCUUAACCACAGAAGUGGACGCGCGUGGCCUCGAUGGACCGACCACCCUUUUCUCGUCUACUACGACCACCGCGGUCACGAGUGCAACCAUCGAUUCCGAUUACACUGCUCAUCUCAUCAGAGUGCACAAACCCGAUCCGGAUUGUGCAGGGUGCAUUAUUUGAAUGGGCACAACGGAGAACGGAGGGAAGUGUAUUUUCACUCGCAAAGGAACUUCAUGGUCUAUUAUUGGAUAUCCUCGGCGCUUUCUUUGUAUGUCAUUGCCAGCAUCAUCUAUUUCUGCCUUCAGGACACGCGCUACCCUCCCACUUUCUGAAGCACGUUCUGUUAUGCCGCCCACGUACAUCGUUUAUCGUGGUGAUUGAUCCCUUUAUACCCAUCCACCUUUCCUCCUGUCACUUUUCAAACGACUUGACUUGUCUGCUCGUUGAUUUUGUUUUGUUUAUUCCACGCUAAAUUAAUUAAUUAC